GGUGCGGCUGGUGUUUUUGGUCAAAUUGUCGCGCGGGCGCCGUCGGAGCCGUGGUCUGUGGCUGUCCGCGAAUGGCAGCGGAAGAAAAAACCUUAGGGAGCGGUAUGAGCGAUAGCAGCAGUAGCUGUAGGGCAGAGUCGCUGAUGCAUUUGUGCUAUGCUGAAUGCGGUGUCGCUGAUGUGAGCAAGAAACAGCCUCCCGUGACGAUCGAGUGUUUGUGAAUUUCGUGGUCUGACCCUUUUCGAUCUAAGUGGACAACGUACAGUUGCUGCCAUUGUUAUCCCCAUUACAAAGGAUGUGGAGUCAGCCUCCGCGGUGGCCGCUUCAGGCCGCCCAUUACCAGAAUGUUCCCCACAAUCAAGUCGACUGGGCGAGCCUAGCAAAACAAUGGAUCUCCAUGCAGCAGCAGCAGGCUCCACCGCCGCCUCCGCCCCCACCGGACCCACAGCCACCGCCACCGGCGUUAGGGCUUCCUUGUUUCAAUGUCGACGUCGAACGGAGAGGAACCCCCAUGCAACCUGAGCCACCUGGCGAGGAACGACCAAUGGACGUUUGGGGCCAGGGCUCACCGGGAAGCAACGAAGCUAAUAGUGGUGCCGCUGCUGCCAUAUUUCCACAUAGUCAAUCUAUAGGCGGAACUAUUCCUUUUCCUCCUUCUACCAAUGGUCUACCGCCUGUGGGCCCUCUAAGUGCUUGCCCACCGAUGGGAUCGAUGGGUCAUGGUAUGGGGCCUGCCGGCAGCGCGAUGGUUAGCGGGGAUGACCGCUCUUGGGGACAACCGCCGUCUUUCGUUCAAGCACCACCUCCAUCGGGUCGUCAAGUCGUUGAUUACGGUCAUGGCCCGCCUGCACAGCAGGCAAACCGUUCUCAAAGAGUCGUGAUGGACUACGCUCACGGAGGUGGAAACACACCCGCAGAACGCCGUAUCGUCGAUUACGCCCAUGGCUAUGGACAGGGUGGGGGCGGCCCACCUAAUCCGCCCUACGGAUACGCCCAUCCUCCCCACACUCAUCACAUGCAGCAUCAACAGGGGCCACAUCAUAUGUCUCCAGGACCACUUCUACCGCCUGGCGUAGCACCAAUGGUUCCCCCGGGAAUGGAUACAACUGUCUCAAUUGACGCGGCAAAGCGAAAGAACCUACCGGCAUGGAUUCGUGAAGGUCUAGAAAAAAUGGAACGCGACAAACAGAAGAAAAAAGAAGAGGAAGAACGCCGUAAGAAACAGCUAGAAAGGAAACGACCUCUUUGGGCUAAAGGAGAUGAAAAUGAUGACGAGAACAAUGACGCUGAGGGUGGCAGUAACGGUACCAAGGGAUCUGCUGGUGGCGGUAACUCUACAAAUCCGCAGGGUAGACAGCCAGAGUCCGAUGAAGAGUUACCUGAUGACGAGGAGGCGAUCAAAGAGUCAGAGCUGAUUGACGAGCCUCGUGACGUUAACGAGAGAGGUGACGAAGUUGGCCCAUCGAGGAAAAAGGCCGCUACCCCGCCACCAAUUUUCCUUACAGCUGAGGAAAAAGAGCAACAGUUUGCACUUAACGUUAAGCGUUUUAUGACCGAGAUCCUCAUCACUGUGCUCACCGAUGAACUUGAUGAUAUUUCCGUUGAAGAGAUACGUCGGGCGCGGAACCGGGUAACGGCCAAACCCAAGAAAGUUACGUCGGCCUUAGCCAACAUUGUCGGCAUAAGUGGGUACUCUGAUUCCGAUGCAUCGGAUAAUGAAGUUCGAAGUGAAGGUGGCGAUGAUUCAGAUCUUGAGGAGCGUAUCUUGACUCGUCGAAAAGCUUUUAGAAGAUGGGAGGAAACUGCCAUGCGAGAGUUGGAGGAGCGAGAGGUAGACCAGCUGAGAAGGAUGCGUCGAGAAGAAUCGCCAGAUCCUAGCCCUGCUGAUAGAGAUGUUCCAGCAAGUCCGAGGUCUGGACGAACGCCCACGUCACGGAGCCCUUCGAGGUCGCGAAGAUCUGCAAGUAAAAGUGUGGACGAGGCAGAAUCAGAAUCGCGAAGUGUGUACGAGGAACCUAGAAGCGAGCACAGUGAAGUGUCCCGCAAGAUGGAGCAUAAGAGCAAAGAAAUCGAUAACAAUAAUCGUGACGUCGAUCAAGAGGAGGAAGAGCGGGGAUCGCGUGAAAAGAGCAAGAAGGAAAAACAGAAUGAGAGUUCAUCUUCCAGAAAGAGAGGCGUUGAAGAUGAGGUUCGCGAAACGGGUAUCGAGCGAGCUCGUCUGUCUCGCGAAAAGGAUAGAAAAGACAGUAAGGACAAGGAGCGUAAGGAAAGAAGGAAGUCUUCAGAUGACUCCGUUUCGGAUAUCAGCAAUCGGAUCGACAAGCGAAAGAAGAGUUCCAAGAAAGAUAAGAGAAGGUCUCGCAGCAAGGAACGUUCGAAAAAGAAGCGAUCUUCGUCGUCCCGUUCUCGCAGCCAAAGCCACAGUCGGAGUCGUAGUCGCGAACGUCGCAGAGGAAGGUCGGGUAGUAGGGGCCGAAAUCACCGACAAAGGUCAAGGAGUUACGAGCGACAUCGAGGCCGGGAACGAGAUCGAGAUCGCAAUAGGGACCGUUUUCGCGAACGUGACGCACGAACUCGUUCGCGGUCUUGUGAGCGGCGAAGAUCUCGGUCUCGAUCGAGAGACCGGAGACGCGAAAGAAGCCGCGAUAGGAGUCGCAGCCGAAGAGAGCGCAGCCGCAGCCGGAGCAGGGGUAGGGAUAAGGGGGACCGGCGGAGACGAAGGUAGAGUGAGCAAGAUCUGUAAAAGAGCGGUCUGCUCGUACGACCGAGUAAGGUGGAGAAGAUAUCAAGACGAGUGAUUGAUGUUGAAGGUAACAAAAACAAAUGCUUAGUCGUUGUUCAUCGAUCCGGUGGAUGGUGGAUGAAUGCAUUUCGCCAACCAGCCAGCCAUUCAGCUACAGCAGCUGUCGUCAAACAUCGUGACGAUGUGCAAUCUCAUCAUCAUGUGAUCGCUAUCUCACAAACAUGCAGCUCAUGACACAUUCUCAGCUCGUAGAAAGGUAGGUUCCUUUAUGAUUUCACGUUCUUCUACUGGGUUGGCUGAAAUCAACUGCAUAGGUGGCAUCAAAAAGAUCAAAAUGCCUUCUCCUUCUUCUGAACUUCACUUCUGAAUCCGCCCCAACGAGCGGGUGAGCAAAAGACCCUUCGUGGGGAGUAGACGUCACAUGACACGCAAGUAGGGGCGAUGCCAGUGAGGUAUGGGGCCUCCGCUGAGCCCACUGCUGUGCUUAUACCUUCGACUGCUGCGUGGUUGUAAACGGGAAACUGUUUUCGGGGGAAGAACGGAUUAAUUUUGCUGAAUUUUUAGUCCAUAAUAAAAAGUAAUAAACUUGCUGAGAACAAUUUACGCGAACAAAUGGGGCAAAAGCGCUCAUCUGGCCUACGGUUGAUGAAGUCACGAACAUCCAGUAAGCACAAACUUUCCUAGAGAUUUUUUAAAACGUGGUGACCGACCAAUACGUGACUCGUGGUCGUCACAGUGAUAUAAUGGUGUUGUCGAAGUUGGUCGAUGCUAGGGAUUAGUUUGUGAAUAGGUGGAUUGUGUUUCAGCGAGGACGAUGGUGAAUGAUACGAAGCGAAUGCUGAGUGAGCAGCAGCAACAGCAAUGCUGGGAGGCCAGCCAGGCUAAGUUGUCCGAAUCUUAGCCAGAACAGGGGUUGGCAGAACGGAGAUUUAGUUCGCCUGCUGCCUCAUCCUUCACCCUCUCACCAUUAAAUGUACAUAGUCAUCAGCGACGAAUGAACCCAUCAAUCUUCAAGCAAGCCGUUCAUCGUAGUAACUCUCUGGCUGGCACGGAGGUGAUAGCUGUAUAUUUUCUAGUUAUGUCUUGUCUAUUAUUUCCUUACAGUAUAUAAAUAAUAAAUUACACGAAAUGCUUGUAUUCCGUUAAUAAUAAAGGCUCAAAGCC